CAGAAAAACGUGCUUACAAAGCAGGAUCCUAAAUUAAUUAUCAAGAAAUGUACUACUACCCUACUUUGUAGUGAGUGUAUAAUCUUUUAAGCUUCUUCAACCCCAAGCAUUUCUUGAAUUUUACAACUUUAGUUCCUGAAAAAAAAAAAAAAUCAGCAAAAAAUUGCAUUUGCCAUGGGAAUUGCAAAUACAGUUCUUCUGUUAUUCAUGGUGUUUCUUCUAUUUGAUUUCUCAGAUGAGUUCUUAGAAUCUUCACAGUAUGAAGCUAUAAUGAAAAUCAAGCAGCUUUUGAACUUUCCACAAGCUUUGAGUAGUUGGAGUGACAACACAGAUUUUUGCAACAGUGAGCAAAACACUGCCUUAACACUCAUGUGUUAUGAAGAUAACAUAACACAGCUUCAUAUUUCUGGUUACAACUGGUUUCCUAAUUUGCCUCAGGGCUUUUCUACAGACACACUUUUCUCUAAUCUUGCUCUUUUGCCUAAUUUAAAGGUUCUUUCUUUGGUCUCUUUGGGUUUGAGAGGAACUUUGCCUAAAAAUAUUGGCUUUUUAUCUUCUUUGGAAAUUGUCAAUAUCAGUUCAAACUUCUUUUAUGGUGAGAUUCCAGGAGAGAUUUCACAUUUGAAGGGACUUCAGACACUUAUUUUGGAUGAUAAUAAGUUCACAGGUCAAGUUCCUGAAGGGGUAGGUUCACUUUCUUCUUUGUCUGUUUUGAGUUUCAAGAACAAUUCUUUUUCUGGUUCAUUGCCUAAUUCUCUGUCCAAUUUACAGACCCUAAGAAUCCUCUCUGUUUCUGGUAAUAAUUUUUCUGGGGUUGUUCCAAACCUUCAAAAUCUGUCAAAUUUACAAGUUCUUGAUUUGGAAAGUAACAAUCUUGGACCUAAUUUCCCUAAUCUUCCAACAAAGUUGGUGUCUUUAGUACUUAGGAAGAACAAGUUUAGUUUAGGGGUUCCAAAAGAACUGAGUUCCUGUUAUCAGUUAAAGAAACUGGACAUUUCUUCCAAUGAGCUUGUUGGACCCUUUUCACCAACCAUUUUAUCACUGCCAUCACUUAGCUAUUUGGAUAUUUCUGGAAACAAACUCACUGGGAAGCUCCUAAAGAAUUUGACAUGCAAUCAAGACAUUUCUUUUGCGAAUUUAUCAUCAAAUUACUUGACAGGGGAGUUGCCUGCUUGCUUGCACCCUAGUUCUGGUUCCAAGAUUGUAUUGUUUUCGGGGAAUUGUCUGUCGAAUAAAGAGCAAUGGCAGCAUCCUUAUUCAUUUUGCCAUAAUGAAGCUUUGGCUGUUAGUAUUGAGCCUCAUAACAAGGAAAAGGUUAAAGGGGAAAAUGUUAAAGCUGUUCUUGCAUCAAGUAUGGUAGGAGGCUUUGUUGGAGUAGUAGCGAUUACCGGUUUGGCUUUCGUGGUUUUUAAAGGAGAGUAUGCCAAGCAGAAAGCUAACAAAACCCCUCAAACAAGAUUGAUAUUUGAAAAGGUCUCUCCUGCUCACACCCUUAAGUUGCUUAAUGAUGCAAGGUAUAUUUCUGAAACGAGGAAGUUGGGACUGCUUGGGGCCCCUCCUUAUCGAACGUUUGUCUUGGAUGAGCUUCGAGAGGCCACUAAUAACUUUGAUAUAUCAAAUCUAAUUGGUGCCAGCUCCAUUGGGCAGAUUUACAAAGGGCGGCUCACGGAUGGCACUGCAGUUGCUAUAAGAAGCUUAAAAAUGAGGAAGAGGCAUAGCGUCCAGUCCUACACUCAUCAACUAGGGCGUAUUUCAAAGAUCAGAUACUGCCAUUUAGUUAGCACUAUUGGACACUGCUUUGAAUGCUAUCAAGAUGACUCAAGUGUUAGCCGAAUAUGUCUAGUGUUUGAAUUCGUGCCAAAUGGGACGCUGCGGGGGGUCAUAUCAGAAGCAAAUUCAGCUAAAAAAUUUACAUGGACGCAAAGGAUGGGAGCUGCAAUAGGGAUAGCAAAGGGAAUUCAGUUCCUUCAUACUGGAAUAGUACCAGGGAUAUUCUCCAAUCGAUUGAAGAUAACAGAUGUCUUGCUGGAUCAGAAUCUCCAUGUAAAGAUUAGCAAAUACAAUCUGCCUUUGUUAAUUGAGAAUAAGAAAAUGGAUACUGGACCGUCUUCUAGUGGAUCAAAGGGAAAAGAUGGGCAAAGGUUAAAAUACGAGGAGAAAGAUGAUGUGUAUGACUUCGGAAUAAUCUUACUUGAAAUCAUAUCGGGAAGGACAAUCGAUACAAAAAACGACAUAAAUGUUUCUAAAGACAUUCUAAUAGUUAGCUUAACAGCUGACGAAAUAGCUCGGAGGAACAUCAUUGAUCCAGCUGUUCGGAAUGAAUGUUCAGAUGGUUCACUUAGGACAUUAAUGGAGCUAUGCAUAAGAUGCCUUUCAGAUGAAUUAUCGGAACGUCCUUCUGUAGAAGACUUAAUAUGGAACUUGCAGUUUGCAGCUCAGGUCCAGGACCCUUGGAAUAGAGACACCUAUGGCAAUCAGGAGUCCCCUGAUCAUGUGUAAGAAGUUGUUAAAAUAUUAAAUGAUCAAUGGACCUUUUCUUGUACAAAAUGUAACAUUAUACUAGGAUAUUUAGUUUCAUAUGUUUAGUAGCCUCUAUAAUGAAGCAUUUCUCAUCAUUGGUGGCCAUGAGGUCAGUACUCUUUUGAGGAUACAUUUGAGCCAAAA